CCCGGUGCGGCGGCGCAGGCGGGCGGCUGCUGCUGCUGCUGCUGCGCCGGGCUGCGGACGGCGGCCCCUUUCCCGGGGGAGCAGCUGCUACCGCCGCCACCCGAGGGGCUUCGCCUCCCUCGCCGCCUUCCCCUGCUCGCCGCCACGCUUCCGCCGGCGCAGCCCGAGCCAUGCUGCUCCUGGCCGUCGCCUUCAUUGUGGCCUUCGUUCUCCUCCUCUACAUGGUGUCGCCGCUCAUCAGCCCCAAGCCCCUCAAGCUGCCCGGCGCUCACGUCGUGGUAACUGGAGGUUCCAGUGGAAUUGGAAAAUGCAUUGCUAUUGAAUGUUAUAAGCAAGGUGCUUUCAUAACGCUGAUUGCUCGGGAUGAGAACAAGCUGUUGCAGACGAAGAAGGAAAUAGAGAAGUAUUCUGUUAAUGACAAGCAGGUUGUACUAUGUAUUUCUGUUGAUGUAUCUAAAGACUAUGAACAAGUGGAGAAUGUCCUAAAACAGGCUCAGGAGAAGCUGGGGCCAGUUGACAUGCUUGUAAACUGUGCAGGAACAUCAGUUACAGGAAAAUUUGAGGAUAUUGAAGUGAAUUCUUUUGAAAGAUUAAUGGCAGUCAAUUAUCUGGGUAGUGUUUACCCGAGUCGAGCAGUGAUUGCUACCAUGAAGGAACGAAGGAUGGGAAGGAUUGUGUUUGUAUCAUCUCAGGCUGGGCAAUUAGGCCUAUUUGGUUAUACAGCUUACUCUCCAACAAAAUUUGCUCUUCGAGGGUUGGCUGAAGCCCUGCAAAUGGAGGUAAAGCCUUAUAAUAUCUACAUAACGGUGGCCUAUCCUCCAGAUACUGAUACACCUGGCUUUGCAGAAGAAAGUAAAACAAAGCCCUUAGAGACGAAGCUAAUUUCUGAAACCUCAUCGGUUUGCCAAGCAGAACAAGUCGCCAGAGUUAUAGUCAAAGAUGCCAUCCAAGGGAACUUUAACAGCUCAGUUGGAUCAGACGGGUACAUGCUAUCAAUAUUGACAAGUGGAAUGUCACCAGUCACUUCUAUUACUGAAGGUCUUCAGCAGGUUGUUUGCAUGGGCAUUUUUCGCAUCGUUGGCCUAUUUUACCUAGGAAGUUUUGACAGCAUAGUUCGUCGCUGCAUGAUGCAAAGGGAAAAAUCUGAAAGUGCAGAUAAGAAUGAAUAAUCUUUACUUUGAAUUUGAAAGAAGGUUAAGCAGUCCGGGACAGCUUGCUGCUUAAGUGGGACUCAGUUUUUCUCCGGAAGGAUUUAGACUGGAAGUACUUGUGUGUGUGACGGAUGAGUCCCCUCAAAAGCUAUGAAAGAAAACAGAAGUACAACUCCAGAAAACGCCAAACUAUGCAAAAGUGUGAGUGAGGAUUAGAUAUUUUUUUUUGGUGAUUUGAGUUAGAAUUUGGGGAACUUGUAAGUGAUCUGCGGAGUAGAAAUUGAGAAUGGACUAUGUGUGGUGAUUCUGGACAAAUGCUUAAGUUUUCUCACUUUGGUGCUUAUGGACAAAAUAAGUACCAUAAUGGACUGGGCAGAAGUAGGUUGAAGUCCCCUGAACAGGUUGGUACCUUUUGCUAAUCUUCUGGAACCGGUUUUAAUUUAGAAUGUUAACUUUUCCUCUGGCCAAUCUACAGAUCCUUCUGUCAAUGACAGCUUUCUUUAUCCAACAUGCAACUGCAGAAACCUUAAGGUGGCAGAUACAUUUGUAUGAUCCAAGCUUUCUCAGUCUGGGAGUAAUUAAAAAGUAUGAUUUAAUAUAUGCAUACUUUCUAAAGGGAGAUGAAGAACCCGUUCCCACAGAGAAAUGCGAGGAGAUGUGAUCGGGUCUGUAGCUCUUCUGGCCUUUUGAAGUAUGUUGUGAAACAAAGAAUAUCAAACCAGUAUCAAGUGUGUUGAUUAUGACUUUCAGCAUUUUAAGCCAUUGAAAUAAUGUACAAUUUUUACAGAUACUUACUUUUCCAUAUCUGCCAGGUUUUGCUCUGGAAAGGAAAGUAGCUUAAUGCUACUGUUAUGCACAUUAUUUUUCAAAGCUGCAAAUGAUGAGCCAAACCAGUAGUUGAUGAUAGAAUUAAUUGUAAUUAAAAUGCCAGGCUCUUCCAGUAGCAGGAAUGUAGCUUUUUGGGGCAGAGGGUCAGGAGGGUGUGUGUCAGAAUGGCAUUCCACACUUAAUUUUACCACUACACGGAAAAACUUUCACAUGAGAAGAAAUGAUGUAAAAUACUCUCCUUCUAUGCCCCACUUCUAUUUUUUUUUUUCAUUUACAUUAUAUGAAACAAGGCUGUUCAAUAACUGCUUCGGAAUACACAGAACCCAGUGGUGGUUUUUAAUAAAUAUUAAGUUUAACACUGAAAAAGCUUGAUGCAUAACAAUGAUGUUUUAAGGGUGCACUAUAUAUACUGUUUAUUUAAUGGACCACUAUAGCAAGUGCCUUGUGAGCUGCUUUUUUUUCCAAAAGCUGCAUAUUUUGUAUUUGUUAGCACUGCUGUGUUUUCAAUGUCAUAUUUUCCAUUUUCAGUCAGUACUCUGAAUCUAAAAUUACUUGUAAAACUGGGCACUUUCACUUCCUUGAAAGUAGUAUUUCACAACAAAAUAGGCAAAAUUGAUUGCUUGUGUUAAGAUAGUCUGUACCUCUAUUUAAGAAGAGAUAUUCAGUUAACCUGAGAUGAAAAAUAAUAGGUGGUUAACUGGAAAACCUUUAAAAUGUAAUUUUUUGAGGCUAUUUUCCUUCUCUGAAUUUGAUUAUCACUUUUCAAAUAUUCUUCACAUAGACUAAAUUUGCUUUAAUACCUGGUUUACAAACAUAUUGGCACUCUCAUUUUAAGUAGUUAGACUUUCAUUAGAUUGCAAACAUUAAGUCAUUGUUGAAUUCUUCACAAAGCCUGUGUCUUAGGUCCUGCCUCCUAAUUUUUAGAUACGUGAAGUUGUGCAUGCCUAUAAUAUAAUACUAAUUUUGAGAAUAGUGUAUUCCUGCAUUUUUAAACAGCUGGGCUUCAGUGCAAAGAAUUCUAGUGUGCGUACGUGUUUCCUGUGCUGUUAAUGUGAAUGACAUAAUGGAGCAUUUAUCAUACCUCUGUUGUCAACAUUGCUAUGUUUCUUAAAGCGACAUAACAAUGCUCUUUGGACCCUAUUAUUAAUUCCUAUUUUGAUGCAAAUCAAAUACUCCUUUGACCACCUGCAAAAGAUACCAAAACGGGUAAAUCAGUUGUGCUGUAGCUUGAAAGAAAUGCCUGUGUAAAUAAGUUGGCAUCAACACAAGCUUGAAGGUCAGGACUUCAAACCAGUAAGACUUUGGAUACUUGAAUUUUUGGAUCUUCAACUUAGAAUGUUAAAGGAUUUGCGCAUAAGGAACAUAAUCAGAGCACACAUAAGACAUUAUGGCAGCUGAGCCUCUUUAAAAUAUUUCAGGUUGGACAUCUUAGAUCACUAAUCACUCUUGCUUGACUGAAAAGUCCUCCAAAUAAUGACUGAUAGAAUUCAGUGCAAAUGUCUGAAGGAGUAAGAAUACUGAGUCAAAGUUAUGGCCCUGAUCUAUAGAGAUGUCAGCUCACACCUAAUUUUGCAUAGUGUAAGUGGUUGUAUUCAUGGUAAAAUUGUAGGUUGAACCCCUCAGCAAUUGUGGAAAUUGGAAUGAAACAAGUUCUUUGAUGGAACAAGAAAAAUCUUUUUAAAUGUUCUAGGUGCUGCAGUUGCAAGUUAAUACAGUUAAAAUUAACUGGUAAACUUUUCAACAGUUUUAUUGUCAAAACAUAGUAAACUGUCAACUACAGCAGCCUUUGGUGUAAAUUUUGUUUUCUUCUGCACAUUCCCUAUCAACCAAUGUACUCGUCUUAAGGUCCAAUAUGAAGUGAAGGAGAUGCCUUGUAAUCUUGUGGAAAAAUGUUUAGCAGCCAAAAAACUAUUUUGCCAGUUUAAAUGUUACAAAACCUCUGCAUUGAAAUGUUUUAGCAAUGUAUUAGAUCAGUGAAGAACUUCCAAUAGGCUUUAUUACUUUUUGUCAGAUUGUGUUAAUAAUUUAAUCACUUGUGCCAUAUCAGUCAGUGUCUUGUCUCUUGUUUUCUUUGUCCAUCUUUAAGAUUCGAUUUAGGCUUUGAUAGUCUUUUCCAUUCCAUGUAGUUUCUAAUGACUGUCUGCUUUAAAUACAGAUUUAUUGUAACUAUACAUAUAGUUUACUUCACCAAGGUGUUCAUGUGCAAUUUAAAUAGAUCUAAUAUUUUACUAAGAAAAAAGAUAUAGAUAAAUAAACUUUAUUUGCUGUGAAAAACUCUAGGCACUUUUAAAUGGUAAAAAGAUAUAGCAUUAUUUGUAAAAAGAAACUUUGUGCUUAUUGCUUCAUCAUUUUUGUGCCAGAACUGUAAACUAGUUUUCAUAUUUUAUAUUUCUCAAAAUAAAUGGAGAAUCAACAAAG